AUGAUUAUCAAGAUUUCGGCAAUAGCACUCGCGGUGUGUGCUGUAUCAGCCCUGAUAGCAGAUGACAUCCCGGCAGAUACGCCUGUGACCUCUCUUCUUGCAUCCGCUCAGAACCAUCUUUCCCGGGGCGAGACGGGCGACGCACUCGCUUACUACGAUGCCGCCAUUGCGCGCGAUCCAACAAACUACCUUACGUACUUUAAGCGAGCAACCACUUACCUUAGCCUUGGCCGCGCACCUCAGGCCACCGAUGACUUCAACACCGCCUUGUCUAUACGACCUGGGUUUGAGGCUGCUCAUGUCCAAUUGGGGAAGAUCAAGCAACGUGUGGCUGACUGGAACGGAGCCCGCGACCAAUUGAGGCGAGCCAAAGAUGCACCAGAUGCUGCGGAACUUUUGGCUGCUGUGGACGACGCCGAAAAUGCUGCUUGGGCGGCGGAGGCGGCGGAAGCGAAGAGCGACUGGGAGGAGUGUGUUAACCAAGCCAACAUGGCGAUAAUGGUGGCCACGAGGGCUGCUUCUUUACGACGUAUUCGCGCCCACUGCCGGUUUGCCCGGGGUGAGGUUGAGGAGGGCGUUGGCGAUCUACAGCAUGUGCUUCAUUUGAAGCCGGGCGAUGUCUCGCCAUUCCUUGUUAUCUCAGCCAUCAACUUUUACGCCCUCGGUGACCUUGAGAAAGGCAUGUCGCAUUUGGACGCUGAACAGUAUGAAGCGGCUAUAGAGACACUGAAGAAGGCCAAGGAGGCUCGUGUCGACCAGUCCGAUUAUAUCAACACGCUGAUCAACGAGGCCGACGUUCUGCUGAGGCGGAGCAAGAUCAAGGACUAUUAUAAAGUUAUAGGGGUGGCACGUGAUGCCGAUGACAGACAGAUCAAAGCAGCCUACCGCAGGCUUUCUAAGCUUCACCACCCCGAUAAGGCAGCUAAGCAGGGCUUGACGAAAGAAGCCGCAGAGAAGAAAAUGGCCGAAAUUAACGAGGCUUACGAAGUCCUGAGUGACCCUGAGCUUCGUGCGCGUUUCGACCGAGGCGACGACCCGAAUUCUAAGGGGCAGCAGAACCCGUUCCAGGGCAGUCCCUUUGGUGGACAGCAGUUUAUGUUCCAACAGGGUGGUGGGCAGCAAUUUAAAUUCCAAUUCGGACCUGGUGGCGGCGGCGGCGGGUUUCCGUUUGGGAAAUAA